GGAUUAAAGACCGGCUCCAUCUAUUUCCCUGGAGGAAAAGCAACCUAUCAAGGGGAGGAAGUGAAUAUGAAGAUGGUAGAGCCCCUUUUGUUCAAUUACAGCAAUGAAAACAAUUGGAGGGAGAACAUCGACACCGUGAUGGAAUGGUUCACGGUGAACAACCUGGACUUCAUUGCCCUCUACUUCGGCGAGCCAGACUCCACAGGACACAAGUACGGCCCUGAAUCCACGCAGAGAAAAGCCAUGGUCAGCCAGGUGGACAGAACCGUGGGUUACUUACGGAAACGCAUUGCAGAAAGCGGCCUAGAAUCAACCCUCAACCUAGUCAUCACGUCUGACCAUGGUAUGGACACUGUCAUAAAGACCAACGAAAUCCACCUCCGGACGGUGGAAAACUUCACCUUCAGUGACAUCCAGUUUGAACUCUUAGAUUAUGGACCAAAUGGACUCCUGGUGCCCAAAGAAGGAAAAUUAGAGCAUGUAUAUACAGUGCUGAAAAAUGCCCACCCAAAGUUACAUGUGUACAAGAAAGAAGAGUUUCCAAAGAGAUUCCACUAUGCCAAUAAUUCCCGUAUCACGCCGCUCUUGAUGUACAGUGAUCCAGGAUACGUGAUCCAUGGGAGAUACAAGGUGCAGUUCAAUACGGGGGAACACGGCUUCGACAACGAGGACAUGAACAUGAAAACCAUCUUCCGCGCUGUGGGGCCAGCCUUCAAGCAAGGGCUCGUGGUGGAGCCCUUCGAAAGCGUGCACGUCUACGCGCUCCUCUGCGAGCUGCUGGGCAUCGUCCCGGAGCCUCACGACGGCUCCCUGCACGUCACGCAGCCCAUGCUGGGUGAGC